AUGGCCACCCUCGCACUUUCCUCUUCCAGAAACAAUAAUGGUUCUUCCUCAACAAAAAGGCACCAGCCAGUCCAGAUUCUGCCAAGGCAAGCGACCACCCCUGCGGUCUCGCAUGCCCCAUUGUUGUCUUCCUACCCAGCCUCCGACUUUGUCUUUCCUGAAAACGUCUUUGACUUUGAGGAGGAAUUCAUAGAUGUCGAUGAGCUGCUCAUGGACUUGGGCAUGGAUCCUCCUCCUGCCUCCUCCUCCUCUAAUUAUGAUGGAAUGACCUCUAGUAAUCAGCAUGAUGACUAUGAGUAUCAUGAUUAUGAUCAUCAAGCAGAAGAGCAGGCUUUGCUGCCUCCCUUCCUCACUAAUACUUCUUCCGAUUGGCCUCCAGUGGAAGCAUCCGCAGCAUCAGAACGCUCCAAGGCCUACAACCACAGUUUUGGAGGAGUGGUUCGAACUGUCUCGUUGGACCAAGUUUCCGCCAUUACCGGAUCAGUUCCCAACCCGAUGAGAAACAUUCCACCGGACGAACCUCCAUCCAAGAAGCAAAAGAUUGUCUACAAUCCUUUGCUACCAUACCCCGCUACAUCUGCUGUUGCUGCAGCUGAUGCUGCUGCAGCUGCUGCUACUUCCAUCAAAAGAACAACAACAUCCAAACCCCAUACUGCUACAAGGAACAUCAUCACACCCACCAAGAAAAUCACACCCACCACCACCAACAAGGUUACCAUUGCCAAAUCAUCUUCCAUUCCAAGUCUACUCCCAUCCAGCUAUUUUUCCUCCACCACUCAAAUCAACAAGCCUAGUACUAGUACUAUUCCAAGUACGAGUAGAGCUCCCGCAAUGGAACUUCCUCAAGCUCUAACAAUUUCCAAUGAACGCAAGCGUAAGAUGUCUCGUAAGGAGGCUGAACUCAACUUGUCCAUGGAUGAAUUGGAAGAACGAAGAGAACGCAACCGAAGCCAUGCCAAAAAGAGUCGCCAACGCAAAAAGGCCAUUACCGAAUUGUUGCAAGAGUCGGUCCAAUCCCUCCAACAGGCCAACCAAAUUUUGAGACAAGGCUUGAACCAAGAAAUGGGCGAGCACUAUGCCGAACAAGUCUUGGAAUCUCAAAAGGAACUCGAAAAGCAAUCCUUCUUGGAAAUGUUGAAAAAUCCCGCCAAUCGCGUUGUCGAUGCAUCAGGGUUGGCCUUUUUCAAGAAGCUUCAGAAGCGAGUCCCCAAGGACAAUGAAGAGGAUGGUGACUGCAGCAACUAA